CCCAAGAAGCAAAGCGAAACACGACCUCUGACAUGCGGAAGUGAAUCGGGAAGUAGGAUUGAAAGCGAUACAGGAAUACGAUCACUGUAUUUCAGAAACAAAUUAAUAAAAUAUAACUUGUAACCUACCUGCACAAAGCUGUAAUACGAUACACCAUGUCCAGGCAAUCCAACAGAACUACAGACAACAAGAAGAUGAAUUCCGAAUUGUUUACUCUCACAUACGGAGCCCUGGUCACACAGCUCUGUAAGGAUUAUGAGAAUGAUGAGGAAGUGAACAAGCAGCUUGAUAAAAUGGGAUAUAAUAUUGGAGUACGUCUCAUCGAGGACUUCCUGGCUCGCUCCAGCGUCGGCAGGUGUCACGAUUUCCGAGAAACAGCCGACGUCAUCGCGAAGGUAGCCUUUAAAAUGUAUCUUGGCAUCACGCCCAGUGUGACGAACUGGAGCCCUGCUGGAGACGAAUUCUCCCUCAUCCUGGAGAGCAAUCCGCUGGUGGACUUUGUGGAGCUUCCGGACAACCAUAACACACUAAUUUACUCCAACCUUCUGUGCGGUGUGCUAAGAGGAGCUCUAGAGAUGGUACAAAUGGCAGUGGAUGUUCGUUUUGUUCAAGACACUUUAAGAGGAGACAACGUGACGGAAAUCCGCAUGAAGUUCAUCAAGAGGAUUGAGGAAAAUCUGCCUGCUGGUGAUGAAUGAAACUGCUGUGAUAUUCUGGCUGGAGAAGCAGAAAAGCACUGGCUUAUUGGAGCUGAAAAACUUUGUUCAUUCAGUUUGGUCAAAGCCAAACACCUACAGUUUAGCCAAAAAAGAGCUGAUCCUUUGUCUGCCAUUUAAAGUAGUAAUCAUUCACUUUUCCUCUUUUCUGUUCAAAUUUUUUUUCGCGCUUAAUGGACCAUCACAUUUCCAAGGAAUAUUUGGUCUGUGAUAUAACUAAAAAAAAAAAGAAUCACUUUAACACUAUUUUUUGAUAUGUUAGUUUUUACUUCAGUACUGCUUUUCAGUUUCGCCCCACAUAAUGGUUAUCUCCUUUAUUUCAGAAAUAAACGUCCUUUGUUCCUUUAUUGAUAUGCUGAUUGGAAGAAGCACAAGGCACAAGGAAGGACGUACACUCUUGUUUUAAGUAGGCACAGAUGUACAGUGCAUUCCCUUUAACAAGUGAUAUCUUUAUCUCCUCUAUUGGCCCCAUAUUGGAAAAGGUUUCAGAUUUUUGGAAUUUGCAUCUGAUAGUUUGCUAUUGAAAUAUAUUUAAAGCAACAGAAAUGAAACCAAAUAAAGGGUCAUAUGUUUCUGCUACUUUCUUUUUUUCUUUUUCUUUUUAAAUCUGCAUUUUGUUAUGUAAAUUAUGUGUUGUGUUUGAAGUAAUUUAUGUAUAAAUAACAAACAGGAGAAUAAAUAAAUUACUAAGUCAAUGUGA